AUGAACAAAGUCACCGUGUUUGUAUUUGAUCAAGGGAUGUGUACUGUGACAAAUGGAAAUUUUAACCAAGUGGGUGGCUCAAUUGUGGAGAUUUGUGGGGAUCUAGUAAUUGGACUGAGAUCUAGGUGCCCUGCCAUCAUUAUACAUUUGUACGAAAUGGCAACAACAACAACAGUGUCCAACUUGCCAACUGCGAUGUCAAGACACAAGAUUCCAUCAUUACAAAGGUUUGCAAAUGUAAGUCCUGCAAAUCUUGGAGGAAGGUUUAAGGUUGGCUCAUGUCAUAAACUGGCAAGUGUUUGUCAUGUUGCAUCAACACAACCUUUCCAGCAGGGCUUGACAAUGACAUCAGCUGCUGUAAAAUACGACAAAAUCAUAACUAAUGCAAUGUCCGUGUCUAGUUCAAACAGUGAAGUUCCAGGAUUGCCAAUUGAUUUGAAAGGUAAAAGGGCUUUCAUUGCCGGUGUGGCUGAUGACAAUGGAUAUGGCUGGGCAAUAGCAAAAUCUCUUGCAGCAGCAGGGGCUGAAAUUCUUGUUGGCACAUGGGUACCUGCUUUAAAUAUUUUUGAGUCCAGUCUACGACGCGGAAAAUUCGAUGAGUCACGCAAAUUACAAGAUGGCUCAUUGAUGGAGAUUGCUAAAGUGUAUCCUUUGGAUGCGGUAUAUGACAAUCCUGAAGAUGUCCCAGAAGAUGUGAAAGCUAACAAGCGCUAUGCUGGAGCCACAAAUUGGACUGUCCAGGAAGUUGCUGAGUCUGUCAAGAAAGAUUUUGGCACUAUUGACAUACUUGUGCACUCACUUGCUAAUGGACCAGAGGUCAGCAAACCAUUGUCUGAGACAUCUCGGAAAGGAUAUCUUGCUGCCUUGUCUGCAUCAAAUGGAUCUGCAAUUUCUCUUACCUACAUUGCUUCAGAGAGAAUCAUUCCUGGAUAUGGUGGUGGUAUGAGCUCUGCAAAAGCUGCUUUGGAAAGUGAUACAAGAGUGCUUGCUUUUGAAGCUGGUAGAAAGAAAAGAAUCAGAGUCAAUACCAUAUCCGCAGGUCCACUGGGAAGCCGUGCAGCAAAAGCAAUUGGCUUCAUUGACAUGAUGAUUGAUUAUUCAUUUACCAAUGCACCACUUCAGAAAGAACUACAUGCUGAGGAGGUGGGCAACACUGCUGCAUUCUUGUCAUCACCCUUGGCAUCUGCCAUUACAGGUUCUGUUAUAUAUGUUGACAAUGGCCUAAACGCUAUGGGUGUUGGAGUUGACAGUCCAAUAUUUAAGCAACUUGACAUUCCAAAGGAGCACCAUUGA